CCUUGCGCGCCCCAACUGGUUGGCAUCAGGAUAUACUUUGCCCAUGUCUACUCGGACGUCCACGCGUCUGAGCGUGCCGCAUACGUUUGCCCCGGACUGUCCAAUAGCGGGAGUAUUGGAGCGACUUGAACCGGACAAGCCAACGCAGGGACGGAAGAUCGCACUUAUACUCCAUGGGACUCUCAGACAUAAAGACUAUCUGUAUCAGCGGGGACUCGCACAGCGCCUCCCGUUAGACAGUUUCAGAUUCGACUUCAGAGGCAACCACGAGACUCCAGGGACAUGGAAUACCGGUGCUUUGGCGGAGGACGUGGAAGACCUGCAGGUCGUCGCCGACUAUCUGAUCAAGGAGUUCGGAUACGUGAUAGACCUCCUCGUGGGACAUUCUCGUGGCAGCAUCAUCGGUUAUCGCUGGGUAUGCACUGCGGAGGAGGCAAAGACAGUCAGAGGAUUCGUGAACUGCUCGGGUCGAUAUAGGAUGCACAAGAUGCUGGAGCGCUUCAAUACCACGUACAAGGAGCAGUUCGAGGCUAGAGGAUUCUACGAAUGGAACGUUCGCGUGGCAGGCAAGCCCGUGACCGGGAUCAUUCGCCCAAAAGACGUCGAAGCUUUCGCUACAUGGGACAAUUCACUCGUCUGGGAUCGCUUCCCCGCCCACGUCCAUGCCUUGACUAUUCAUGGGAUAGCCGACACUACUGUCCCUCCAUAUGAUGCCACGAUCUGGGCGAGGGCGCUAGGCUCUCGCUCACCGGGCACUCAUAACUUGCAUUACGUGGACGAGGCAGAUCAUAACUUCACCGGGAAACGAGACGAGGUGACAAAUGCCAUCUGCGACUGGUGGGCGAGUGCGGAACGAGGAGAGCUGACGACAGGCAUAUUGUACACCGGCGUUCGCGCGGGACUAGAAUCUUUUCCCAGUAAACUAUGAAUCAAGAGAAUCAUCACUC